UAGGUUGAUCUGCAAAAAAUGUUCUUAAUCUCUGGAAUACAAACGCAAGGAGCAAGUAAAUAUUUUACACAGUAUUACAUCAAGGAGUUUUUUAUUGCAUACAGUAAAGAUAGGAGAAAGUGGAAUGUUUUCAAAGGGAACAGCACGGCAAUACAUAAGAUCUUUGAAGGCAAUUCUGACUCAUCUAGUACAAAAGAAAACCAGUUUAACCCACCAAUUGCAGCACGAUACAUCAGGUUAAUUGCUACAAGGUUCACCAAUCAGCCUGCUCUUCGCAUGGAGUUACUUGGGUGUGAAAUACAAGGUUGUUCUGCACCACUUGGUAUGGAGAACAAUAACAUCAAAGAUGCACAAAUAACAGCUUCUUCACACAAGUCUUCCUGGUACUCAGGUUCAUGGUUAGCGUCAUUGGCACGUCUUAACAAGGCUGGAAGUAUUAAUGCUUGGCAAGCAAAGUCAAACAACAAUCAGCAGUGGCUGCAAGUAGAUUUCCUUGUGACCAAGAAAAUCACUGGACUGAUGACACAAGGUGCCAAAUCCCUUACAGUUGAGAUGUAUGUGAUGUCCUACAUUGUCCAAUACAGUGACAAUGGAAGGAACUGGAAGUCUUACAUGGAUAGUUCCACAUCAAUGGAAAAGAUAUUCAAAGGAAAUAGCAACAGCUUUGGAUAUGCUAAGAAUGAAUUCAAUCCGCCAAUAUUUUCACGAUUUCUGAGGAUUAUUCCCAAAAGUUGGAACCAAAGCAUUAUGAUGAGGCUGGAAGUGUAUGGCUGUGAUACAUAAAUCAUUGCACUCUUUGCACUGAUUUUUAUGGUACCAUCAGUUACAUAGUUACAAGGGUGGUAGUUUUCAGUAUUUCUAAAAACCAGCUACGCAUUUGUCAUACUUUUCAGUGAAUCGAAGGCUCUGAACGUUCAUACAAUUUCUUCUUUUUGAUUAUUGAGUUUAUUAUUUAUAUCUUUUGUGUUGUUAUUAUUACAUCAUUGCUUCUUUCUGAGAAUGCUUAUUAUUCGUGUACCUAUUUCUCUACAUCUACCAAACAUCGUAUCCUCCAGCAGAAAAAUGUCCUUCACAUGGGUUUUCUGUGAGUUUAUAUCAUGAGCAUUUUUUUAUCCGCAAAAGUGUUCUCCAAUAAAAAAAAACGUGUUAAUAUA